GCUAGCUCCACCCUAUGCGCCUUCUUUCCUGCCCCAGGCUCAUCACUUUCAGUCUCCAUCCCAGCUGCCUUUGCGUGAGCAAAAUGGCAGCCCCCGUAACACGGGGCUUGUUUUGCUUACCCAGGGUUUUAGGAUGGUGGUCUCGGCAGCCAGUCUUGGUGACUCAGUCCACAGCAGUAGUUCCAGUGAGAACUAAAAAACGUUUCACACCCCCUACCUAUCAACCCAAGUACAAAUCAGAGAAGGAGUUUGUAGAACAUGCCCGGAAAGCAGGACUGGUCAUACCUCAUGAACGUUUGGAGCGCCCCAUACAUCUAGCCUGUACAGCUGGUAUCUUUGAUGCCUAUGUUCCUCCUGAGGGUGAUGCCCGGAUAUCAUCUCUUUCUAAGGAAGGACUGGCACAGAGAGCUGAGCGACUGAAGAAGAAUGUGGCCUCACAAUUGUCAAUCCGCAAGAUAAGAGAAAGUGAUCCUAAUUUUAAAAUUAAGGACUUCCCUGAAAAAGCCAAGGAUAUCUUCAUUGAAGCGCACCUGUGUCUAAACAACUCAGACCAUGACCGGCUUCAUACCUUGGUAACCGAAAACUGCUUUCCGGAUAUGGUCUGGGACAUCAGAUACAAGACUGUCCGGUGGAGCUUCGUAGAAUCUUUAGAGCCACCCCAGGUGGUGCAGGUUCGCUGUUCGAGUCUGCUGAACCAGGGCAACAUCUAUGGCCAGGUCACCGUCCGCAUGCACACUCGGCAGACUCUGGCCAUCUAUGACCGGUUUGGCCGGUUGAUGUAUGGACAGGAAGAUGUGCCCAGGGAUGUCCUGGAGUAUGUUGUCUUUGAAAAGCACCUGGUGGACCCUUAUGGGAGCUGGCGAAUGCAUGGCAAGAUCAUUCCCCCAUGGGCACCCCCUAAGCAGCCCAUCCUUAAGACGGUGAUGAUACCUGGCCCCCAGCUGAAACCCUGGGAAGAGUUUGAAGAGCCACAGGGAGAGGUCCAUAAGCCUCAGCCUGCGUGACGGCGAAAUGACUCCUGAGGUGAAGCGUGGGUGAUGAGAUGGCUGGAAGCUGUGAAGUCUAAGAAUCUGGGAGCUGUGAAGUCAUCUGUCUUCUUCCUGCCGUAGAAAGAACUACCUUUGCUCUCUCUUGCUCUGCGUGGCUCUUCUGGGCAGUCUUGUUGUCAGUAACCACUGCUGAUGGCUGGGCCCUGGUAGGUGGGUCCUGUGCACAGCCAUGGACCCUCUUCUUCUUUAAAUCUUAUAUCCAGCUUCUGACUCUGGAUGAGAAACAAUGUGGUUCACAGAGCAUCUGAUUAUCAGUUUUUCCCACAGCAAGAACUGUCAGGAGCACACUGGCUAACUUUCAUUUCUCAUUACAGGGCAGGGAUCAGAGUUUGAAAUAAAACACUGUCAGGUGUUGGACAAAU